GGCAGUUGGCAAUAGCUGCCAGUGCAAGACUGGGCACCUACCCUGCCAAGUAACCACCGAUGUGACUUCCUUCAGAACUUCGUCUCUCUGUCCUUUCUCAACUUCUUUCUUCCGAUGUCAGGCUAAACGUUCUCGUCUCUCAUCUUCUUCUCUAGCCUUCAUUAUCGAACCAAAGCACAGCCACUCCUUGACUCAAUCACUUCACAUUCACUCAACCAUGACCGCCGACUCAGACACAACGACCAAGAACUCCGGCGUCAUUGUGUUCGACAAAUGCGAAACUAUAGAGCGCCAGCGUGACAGCAUCUAUGAAACUUCAUUUCACCAACGCCUCAAAUGCCCCCUCGUCGUGCAAACUGUCCCUUAUACUGGAUAUCUACGCGCGCUACAGCUGUAUGGCAACGAGGAUGCUUUCGAUCUCACCCAAGACGAACGUGAGAACCUCAUGAACUGCAAGAAUCUGGAAUUCUGCCGAUCUCUAGCUCGGAACCAAGGCUACAAUCCGGAGUCUGGUAACACUGCGCCAUGGGCGGGUGUAUACUUCCCGCUCCAGUGCAUUCAGACAUACCCCGGCCCUCGCAUGAUCGUCAUCGAACCAGACGUUGAGGAACAGGCUCUGUCCAGCCAGCAAACACUGUCCAGCACGGACACGGAGGACCAGUCAACCUUCUUAACUACUGAGACCACCCAAGAGAUUGAAAUGGCUGAGGAAACAUCCCUCGUUCGGUUCUCGACUCUCCAACCGUGUGACCCCGUUAAGCCAGCGACUCUCCGAGGCAUGAGUGGUAGUCGUGUGCCCAUUGCAGAUGAUUUCGGCAACACCUGUGUUGGCGGCAUGGAGAUGGCUGUCGUCGUGACAGAACUACUGGAGCGGGCUGUGAAAGGAAACCUCGAUGUUGAGUGGAAGAGAACAAUCGAGGACACACUCGACUACAUUGGAGGCUCGGAGAACAUGGCCACUUUCCUCGGCAUGAUGUACAAGAAAUUUCCCAAGAAGAAGGACACUUCAGUGGCGUCGACUAUUGGCCGUCGACUCCGUGGCUCGGAGUGAAGGAACCGAAGUUGGGAAGGAUGCUUGAGAUGUGGGACUACGAUACUAUGGUCGGAUACCUGCGGUCAGCAAAGGAUGGGUUUUGAUAUGUAUAGUCUCUGGGAACUGCUCAAGAGAAGAGGAAACAAUUUGCUUGUACGGAAACGGAAUGUUCAUAUGGUCUUAAUAUGUCCAAUAAGGCUACUAGUUCGUGUGUGAGCAUGGAAUAAAAAUCGACACAUAAUAUAUUGCAC